UUUAUAUUCUUUGUUCAACUCGAAGUUGUACAUAAAGAGCGAUUUUUUAUUUUGUUUCUUUUUCUUUCUCUUUUUCUUUUUUUCAAAAAAAGGCAAAAUGAAAGCAGAGUUGCUAAACUACCCGUUUGAAUUAGUUGCACCCAUGGCAGCUAUUGCUUCUAUUUUGCUAUUACCUUUGGGGCCUUUGUUGAUUCCACGAUUCUAUAUCAUCUUUUUACUUGUCUAUUUCAUGUGUUUUCUGUAUACCCAAGUGAAUCAUCUCUUUAAAUUUUAUAUCACAGCCAAAAAGAUGACAAAGACGGUGCGACGCUGGACUGACGAAGAAGAAUCUGCGCUAUAUGAUGACACUCAAUUGAUUCAUGCCUUCAUCGUACCUAAUUAUGCAGAACCAGAAGCUCUUUUGAGAGAUACGAUUAAAAGAUUAGCCAAUCAUAAAAAUGCUCAAACAAACUAUGUUAUCAUCUUGGCCAUGGAAGCAUCUGAAGUUAAUUAUCAAGCCAAGGCUGAUAAUCUAACUGAAUACUUUAAGGACAGUUUCCUUCACUUUUUGGUUACUGCUCAUCCAUCUGAUAUUCCCGGUGAGGCGCGUGGUAAAGGUUCUAAUGUUGCUUAUGCUGCUAAACAAGGCUGUACCGAAUUGAUGCAAAGAGGUAUUGAUCGAAAGAGAGUCAUUCUUACCGUGUCCGAUUCUGAUAGUUCCAUUCCUGAGCUUUACAUCAAGGAGAUUGAAAAAGCAUUCAAUCAAGCCGAAGAUCCUUACUUCUUACUCUUUGCCCCACCCAUCUUCUUUUCCCGAAACUGUUUUGAGGUACCUGCCGCUGUACGUAUGACAGACAUUACUUGGUCUGCAAUGGUGAUGUCCAGUCUGAGUAACAGUCGUGGUCUGUCCUUCCCUUGUUCGACCUACAGUUUGAGUAUGAUCCUGGCUGAGCGUGUAGGCUAUUGGGAUACAGAUGCUGAUUCUGUAGGAGAAGACAUGCACAUGAUGCUCAAAUGUUUCUUCAAGACAGACGGAUUGGCUCGCUGUUGUCCCAUCUUUGUACCCAUCAACCUGACCAAUGUCCAAACCAAUGGUUACUUUGCUAACCUCAUGGCGCGCUUUGUUCAAGCCAAGCGCCACUAUAAUGGUGUUGCCGAUUUAGCCUAUACGUUAAAAAACUCUUUUGGUGUUCAAGAGGAUAAUCAUUUUGCUACACUCACUAAAAAGUCUACUCACUCCGCACCUUACCUUGAUAAGCUCGUCAUGUGUAUCAAGGUCAUGGAAGCUCACUUGAUUCCAACCACCUCAGGCUGGCUCAUGUUUGCCGCGGUACCUUUGAUGCAGUUCAUCUUGUUUCCUCCUACUCCUGCCUUGGCUAUAGUGGAUCCUGUAGACAACCCUAUCCUUACUUCGGAAUUUUACGCUUCCUUGUGGAACAUUGUCAAAAUUAUCACUGUCUUUUUACCCUUCCCCUUGUUUGGGACUCUGGCCAUUUAUGAGCAUUUGCAUCGUACGAUUGAUCGGGAACUCUACCGCAAGACAGAGACAAGGACAUGGCGCAACGUCUUUGAUUAUAUUUCUUUACCUAUCGCUGCUUGGGCUUUCUUGACCAUUCCAUCUACUAUUGCAUCCAUCAAACGAUUGUACAAGACUAACGAUCAAUACAUCGUUGCUGAAAAGUUCUUUGAAGAAGAUGAAUAAUUUUAUAGAUCAUGUUGCUUUUUUAGCA